AUGACAAGCCGAUUGGAUGACUGCCAGCCAGCCAAUGCUAACAGUUAUAACAAAAACACACAGACACACAUUAACAACUACACUUAUAUCACAUUAAUGGCCUUUUCCGGCAUCUACAUAAACGAAAUCCAAAAAGUAUUACGUAAUUGUUCCGACGGCAACAACAACACAUCUAACAACAAUGGAUUUCAAUAUCUCAAUAGUUCGACUAUAAUUGCACCGCAAGAGGAAACCACACAUGAGGAGGAUUUCUUUGACGGUGACAGCAGUGCCGAGAGUAGUGAACAGAACGACCACAGCGAUGAAUACGUCCACUCACAAUAUCCCGGCAUAUUGGAUAGUGAUUUGACUUCGUUGACAAGUGGACAAAAAAAAUUCUUUAUUGUCACCGUGAGCCUCCUGUGCGUCAUAUCUAUCUUUGGCAAUGUCAGCACACUGGUGGUUAACUUUCGACGUAAAAUUAGACCAUUCUUUCGUGCCUGCCUUAUAUCGUUAGCAUUGAGUGACCUGAUGAACACGGUCUUCCUAAGUGCAGCCUAUUUGUCGGAGUUUACGGUGGAAUACGUUCAGAUAUGGACUUUGGGCCCGCUUAUGUGUAACUUGGUGCCCUUCGCCACAACGGUGGCGAUUCUAGCCAGCAGCAUGACUCUGGUGGGCAUUGCUGUAGACCGCUACUAUGCGGUUAUGCGAGCGGUAAUUGGCUUCUGGCAGCCCAGUGUAAUUGCCUGUUGUAUCUGCAUGGUGUGCAUUUGGUUGGCAUCGUUUGGCAUAGCCUGUCCCGUAUUCACCAUCUACGAUAUAAUGCCGAUUUACAUUUUAACAGAGGAACAGCAGAGUGGAGGGGGGACUCAUCACAUUGGCCCACCGUUUAUCAAAGACAAUGCAUCAGCAAUGACGAUGACGACGAAAACACCCUGGGAAAUUGAGGCUUCCAAAGAGAACCUGUCGUAUACAUUGGUGCGAGAACAGAAGCUAGUUAAUAUGUGUGUAUCUGAUCAGGAAAACGUAACCUUGUAUUAUGUAAUUGUCUUUGUCAUCAUCUUUAUACCCUGCAUUGGAGCAUUCUUUUGGUUUAAUACGAUUAUAGCUCGCAAGUUAUGGAAGCGCCGGCACAGUGUCACCAUUAACAAAAAGUUAUCAAAACGUUCCAAAUGUAAAAACAAAACGUCCAAGCAACAGCAGCAUCAGCCCAUGGAAUUGCAGAUUCCACAACAGACGGUUACAGCUGCCUACUCCCAGGGCACAAGUUCCCAACCACAAUGUCAAAACUGUAGCUGUAAACUUGGACAUAGUUCCAGUACCAUGCCAAGUAACUUAACGGGAGCAUUUGCUGGUGGUGGUGGUGGUGGUGUUGAUGCUACAACGAAUGCACCGAAAUCUCCACUGCCUCAGCCUCCUACCAACAUCAAUGCCACACGCAACUCCCGCGAGGCCAGGCAUUUGCGGAUGUUCACCAUUAUCCUGUUGAUGAUGGCGGUAUUUGUUUUCUUACGCCUCCCGGCUUGGAUCUUUCUGCUGAUGCGUAUGUAUGGUUCCUAUGGCAAGCCCAGAGAUUGGAUACUCUAUUUUGUGUUUGGCGUACUGAACUUGGCCAGUUCGGUGUUGAAUCCGUUAUUCUAUACCUUUCUGACGGAGACCAUACAAUAUGUCUUACGUUUUAAGGCCAAAGUCUCAGCUUUGUUGUGCACGGAUUGUUCAUGGCCAGGCGGUUGUUGUUUUUGUCACAGUAACGGAACGGUAACCACUGCUGCAGACUGUGCAACAGCAACCAAUAUUGAAGAACCACAUUUGAUCCUGAGUUGUUGUGAGAACUUUUGUGGUUGUACGGGUUUUCUACGCGCCACCUGGCAAUGUCAACAGCCAAAGAUUAGAAUGGAACAACAAAAGCAGCAGCAGGAACAGCAUCAACAUCAUCAUCAUCAGCAACAAAAACCCUACUGCCUACAAAUGGCAAAUGAAAACAACAACAACAGCAAGGAUGCUGCCAUCGGCUUUAAUGAAAAGGAUGAGGGUGUUGACUGUAGCGAAGAGAUGGAUGAGUAUAAUCCGGGCGAUUUAAAUAAUUACAAUCGUCACAUCUAUACAAUAUAUCCGGCAUCACUGGUCUCAACUUCAUCGCAGUAG